UCCCCGCGUGUUGUUUAUAUGUGGUCCAGACACCGACUCCUCUUCAGACACUCUAUCCGACCAUGAGAGCUCCUCUGCGGGCUUCGUGUGGGCUCCUCCUCGGCCUCCUCUGGGCCUCCCUCUGCGCGUCCUCCUGCCGGGUCCGAAUCCCCCCCCACGAUCAGGUGGCCCGGGUCGCCCGCUUCGUCGCCCACCAGUGUGACUGGGCCUCCAUGGCCACCAUCUCCACCCACAAGCCGGUGGUGGGGCAGCCGUUCUCCAACGCCUUCUCUGUCAGCGACGGGCCGGAGGGCUCCGGUACCGGGGUGCCCUACAUGUACCUGACCCGCAUGGAGAUCUCGGUGCAGGACCUGCAGGUGAGCGCGGCGGCGUCUCUCUCCAUGUCUCUGGCUCAGACGCCGUACUGCAGGCAGCAGGGAUUCGACCCUCAGAGUCCUCUGUGCGCCCACAUCAUCCUGUCUGGAUGUGUGCAGGAGGUGAACGGCACGGAGGCAGAGUUUGCGAAGAAAUCUCUGUUCAGUCGACACCCGGAGAUGAUGGACUGGCCGUCUGAUCACAACUGGUUCUUCGCCAAGUUCAACAUCACACAGGUGUGGGUGUUGGAUUAUUUUGGCGGGGUGAAGACCGUGACCCCGGAGGAAUACUUCCAGGCCGCGCUGCACAGGAAGCACCACUGACGCUCCAGCUGCUGGUUCAUGUAGUUCUUUUUCUUCUGUUUGUAGUCCUGUAACACGUGGACUACAAGAAGCUUUAGCAGUGACUCUCAGGAUAACAAAUAUAAAUGUGUGUGAAACUAUUAUUGUCAUUAUCUCACUUUGCUUUGGUUUUGUGUGCACCAAACUUCAUUCACUGAAACUAAGAUUUAAGCUGAGUGAUUUCUAAUUUAAAGCAACAACAAACUGCACUUUUUAUAACUUUAUCAAAGACGAACUGAGAUUCUGACGUGGAAACAGCCAUAAAUAAUCACAUGUAUGAUUUAGAUUUAGACUUUUAUUAUUGGCUGGAUAUUCUAAUUAUUUCCACUAAAACAGCUGAUGAAAUAAAUCAUCUCUGAUAACCAGAUUAAAUAGAUUCUAUAAAUAUCUUUCAUGAGCAACACUUUGCUUCUGAUGAGAAAUGCGUUUAUAUAAUAUCUUUGCAAGACUUUGCUGUGAAAUUAUAUUUUUGAGAAAAUGUUAAAGAUGAUUUGUAUAAAUAAAGUUUGUGUUAAAAAACUAAAA